AUGGAGCGUCAUUGGGCUAUGUCGGCCCUUCGCCGUUUCCCCAACGAGAUUCUUUCUGAAAUAUUCUCUUUCUGUGUUGGAGGUCACUCAUCUCUAUCUGUGGGUCCCGGGAAAGCGAUCUCGACCAUCUCAUUGGACAUUUCGCAAACCUGCUCACGCUGGCGGAGGGUCAUAACUGCUCUUCCAAGAUUAUGGUCUUCUUUCCAUGUCAAUCUCCAGAACAUACCGGAUUAUGUUGACCCUCUCAUCGAGUUAUAUAUUGCCAGGUCUGGGGAGCACGAUCUGGUCAUAGAGUUCUCCCUCGAAGACGAGGUUGCCCCCUGCUGGGACAGACGCGAGUUAGAAGAAAAUCUCGGAAAAUGUGGCAUCGCUGCUGCAGACUUGCUAGUCAAAUACAUAUCCCGUUGUGGCGAGUUAGACUUGUCCGGAAUCUACUGGUGUUUGGCCAAUGCUAUCUUUGCCAAUGUCGAGGAACCAUCCUUUCCUCGCCUGCACACUCUCACCACCCCAUUCGACUCUCAAGAUCCCAUAGCCCUCAACUUUGAUGACAUGCCCCUCAGCUCACGAAAGCGGUUGUGGUUGUACCUUCGUGGACGGAUCCCACUUUCCUUCCGCUGUCUCAGCUCGCUCAUUUAG